UUGAAACAAAGUAAUAGGCGAAACUGGACCAUUAUUAAUUUAUUAAUGAUUCAUCUCAUCCAGAAAGCUUUUCCCCCAAGGUCCAUUACCAUAAUUAAUAUACAUUCCCCGAACAAGAUCAUACUGAGCUCCUAGUGCUGAUCCUAUCAUCAAACGAUGCCAAACCCAAUGCUGGCAAACAGGGCUUGACCAUAGUGGAUGCGCAGAGCUUAUUGUUGUCCCCAUAUGUUUGGGAAUCUGGAGAGCCUCCUGUUUCCUCUUCUUCGUGUUGUCAUACUACAAUGAGCAGUUCCACUCCAUCCACAGCUAAUGGCAACGACAGUAAAACCUAUAAAGGAGACCGAUCUCCCUGUGGCCCCUCCCGCGUCCUCCACGUCCGCAAAGUUCCCAUUGAAGUGUCAGAGGCAGAGGUCAUCUCACUAGGAAUCCCUUUCGGCAAAGUCACCAACCUGUUGAUGCUCAAAGGGAAAAAUCAAGCUUUUAUAGAAAUGGCUUCUGAGGAAGCAGCCAUCACCAUGGUCAACUACUACACCGCAGCCACGCCUCACGUCCGCAACCAGCCCGUCUACAUCCAGUAUUCCAAUCACCGUGAGCUCAAGACUGACAACCUGCCCAACCAGGGGAGAGCUCAGUCUGCUCUUCAGGCUGUCAAUGCAGUGCAUUCUGGGAAUAUGAGUCUGUCUGGGUCUGCGACGGCCAGUGAUGGUGGCAUGAUGCACGGACAGAGCGCUGUGCUUCGCCUCAUAGUAGAGAAUCUCUACUACCCAGUGUCUCUAGAAGUGCUACACCAGAUCUUCUCAAAAUUUGGAACAGUCCUGAAGAUCAUUACAUUCACCAAGAACAACCAGUUUCAGGCUUUGCUACAAUAUGCAGACCCAAUGAACGCACAUCAUGCCAAAGUGGCUUUGGAUGGGCAGAACAUCUACAAUGGCUGCUGCACUCUGCAUGUGGAAUUUUCCAAGCUGACCAGUCUGAAUGUGAAAUACAACAACGAAAAGAGCAGGGAUUUCACACGCCUAGACUUACCCUCAGGAGACGGGCAACCUGCGCUGGACCCCACCAUGCAGACCGCUUUUGGGGCUCCUGGGAUCAUUUCCUCGCCAUACCCCGGGGCGGCUGGUUUCGCCCCUGCUAUCGGUUUCACUCAGGCAGGUCUGUCUAUGCAGACAAUGCCUGGUGCUCUGGGGCCCCUCACCAUCCCCUCAUCAGCAAUGGCCGGACGGAUGGCCAGUUAUGGAAUGGCCCCCACCAUCAUCCACUCUGUGCUCCUUGUCUCCAACCUUAACCCCGACACUAUAUCACCGCACGGACUCUUCAUUUUAUUUGGAGUCUACGGUGAUGUCCACAGGGUUAAGAUUCUGUUCAACAAGAAAGAGAAUGCCUUAAUACAAAUGGCAGAUGCAACACAAGCCCAGCUCGCGAUGAGUCAUCUGAACGGACAGCGUGUAUACGGUAAAGUGAUCCGCGUGACCAUCUCGAAGCACCAGACGGUGCAGCUCCCCAGAGAGGGUCAGGAGGACCAGGGCUUGACCAAAGACUUCAGUGGGAGUCCUCUGCACCGCUUCAAGAAGCCCGGCUCCAAAAACUUCCAAAACAUCUUCCCACCCUCCGCCACCCUGCACCUCUCAAAUAUCCCUCCUUCUACCACAGAAGACUUUCUGAAAGACCUGUUUGCUGUUUCUGGAUACACGGUGAAGGCCUUCAAGUUUUUCCAGAAGGACCGCAAGAUGGCUCUGAUCCAACUGGGUUCGGUGGAAGAAGCCAUCCAGGCUCUCAUUGACCUCCACAACCAUGACCUGGGAGAGAACCACCACCUGCGAGUGUCCUUCUCUAAAUCCACCAUCUAGCAUCCCCUUCACUACAAACCCUUUCCCCAUCUUCCCCAAUCCAGCCCUUCAACCUUCUACUAGCAGUCUGACUGUUUCCAUCAGAGAAACGAAGACUGUCUGACGAACUAUUAAAAAACAUUACAAAUAUUCAUGGGGUAGUUUUAGAGAUUUUCCAGAAAAGAAAAAAAAAAACGAAGAAAAAAAGAAAUAAGAGACUACUGAUGAACCUUUAGACAGACUUGAGAGUGAAUUUGUGUUACUCCCAAGCAACCAAGGCUGGAGAUACAUGGGAUAUCCAUGACAAUGUGAUGUUUUUGGGAGCUUACGCAUUGAUGAAGUCGCACUGCCUCUUUAGUCUUUUGCAGGUCACCGGGUUAAGGACAUAUGUUGGCGUAUUAUGGCAAACCAACACAAGGAACAUUCUCCAAAAUAGAAAGUCAAGGCUCGAGAACAUUCUUCUUUCUUGACUUGUCGAAAACAUUGGAGACUGACACUCCUGUAGCCCAAUGGCCUUGUUACACCUGACCUAGGUGAGGGCGGAGUCUCUUCCUCUGUGCCUCCUCCCCAAAACCCGACACCUUCACUCUCAGUGGCGUUUUCAACGGAGCGGCCCUCUUUGCAUUUCCUUUGGGAUAUGUUGGAUGCACGGUCACCGUUUGAAUGUUGCUGAUGUCAUUACAAGGUGCUGCUGGAAUACAAAUACAUCUGUAGCGAUGGCCCCCAACCAAUGAGCUUACCCUUUUCCUCUGAGUAGCAUUACUAGAGUGCUGUGGAUUCAAGAAUGAGUUCAGUUGAAAUUCAAAUGUAGCUGCCUCAGCUUACGAACCUUUUGUUGUUUCAUUGGCAAUUUGGUUGAUUCAAAUUGAAGAUAGGCACUGCAGGGGAAUGUUGUUUUGGAUCCUCAUAUCUGUUUACUGUGCAAAGACGUAUAGCCAGAUGGUAGGCGUUUGUGAAUAGAUAGUGAAUGCCCUUUUUUCUUUCUUGUAUAAUGGAAGUUUUAUAUUGGACAGACUGGCCUGUUGGCUUCCUGCACCUGCAACGCUGUCAGAUUACAUCUGCGCACAAUUUGUGUGUGAUGUCAACUGUGAGUCCAGUCAAUCAGGUUCCUCAAUGGAGAAACCAUGUAAACGAACGAUCAUUCUGGAAAAAUUACGGCCAGCUGUCAAUCUUACUGGAACACUCCAAUAGCCACGCCCAGCCUGAUUGGAGGCCCCGCCUCCUCUCAAGAUAAAUUCUCUGAAUGUCAAUGGUGGAAGCAUGUAAUCUAGAUGGGAAAUUGAUUAUUCCUCCAUUCUGUUGCCCCCUCUUCCCCUUAGUUGAGUCUUUAUCUUUUGUUUUUUCUUGUUUUUCAUCUUUCCACAAGGAGCUGAUUACCUUUUUUGCGUUCUAUCAUUCCUCUGCUCUCUCCACAGGUGUGAGCAUUUGCAGCAAUGGGCUCGGUAGAAAGAGUCAUGGAGCCCAAUGUAUCACAGCAAAAAAAGAUGGUGGCAGUCUCUUUUGCCUUGCAGUCCCAUAAUGCCUCUACAUCUGAGCAAAUCAAAUAUGAAAUGAAAGAGUAAGACUGGAUUCAUGAGCUCUGUUCCAAAACCUAGUGUACUGCUAUAUAAUCGAAUGCCUUCUAAGGCAGCAUCCUAACUGAAAUGGGGGCCAUUCAAACAUACAUGUUCUUGUUUUUGUCUGCGCUAAUUGUUUAAUUGUUUGUCUAUGCAUGUCAAAUUGACUUUUUCUCAGAUGUCAUGUCUUGGUAAAAGUCCAGUGUUUUUCUCCAUUCUGUUGCGCUCUACUAAGCUGUUUUGAGCGAAACAUGAUUGAUUCCAAUUGAGUUUGAUGUUGACAUGUUGCUAAGCAAAAGGCGCCAUACUCAAAAAUAUAAGCAGAAAUAUUAGGGCUGUCGAUUUAAUGCGUUAAUUUAGUGCUAUUCAUUAUAUAAAAAAUAAUGCGUUAACAUUUUUACACAAUUAAUCAUGCCCCCUGACCCUCACAUUUUUUUCUACCAUCAUAGCAAUUCAAGCUUGAAUUACAGGUUUUUAUGAGCUGCGUCAGCAGGGGUCAGUCAGCGCACCUCAACAAAACUCAAGCAACGCAGCCACAGAAUGAGAGCUGGUCACUCAGGUCGCGUUCUAGACAGCUGAAGCACAACAGAAUGCACGGAUCUCGCAAUUUCAACUGAUUUUAUCCUGAUACAGCAUGGUAAAAAUAUGGCGUUGGUGACAUUGAAACCAGUGACAUUUCAAAAGCGUCCAUCUGACGUAUAUGUACACAAAUGGACAAUUAAACAUAGCACAAACGUAACUUAAGAUUGCAUCCUUUGAGAACAGGACAGAUUGACGAACUCAGUUGCUAAAUGGAUUGCUGUCGACUGUAGGCUUGUUCAAUGGUAAAAAAUAAAUAAAUAUUGUCUUCGAAACCCACAUUUUGCAUUGUCUAAUAAAAAAAAUCUUGUCUGCCACAAUAGUAUAAUAUAUUUCAAUCUGAAUAUAUAAACGUAUUAUAUAAAUUAUAUUUAUUAUUAUUUUAAUUAUUAUGAUUUAUCUUUAUUUGGGGGCCUUUCUCAGCAAAUAUUGAUUUAUGCAAUUCAUUUGAUUAAUUUAGCGACUUGUCUUGUAAUUAAUUUGAUUAAAGUGUUUUGGAUUGACAGCCCGAAUAAAUAUAAAUAGUGCGCACACACAAACAUUGGCUAAAAUAGACGUUUUUAAAAUUAAACUUUUAUUGUUAUUUUUCAUUAUUGAUUAAAAUAAGUAAAGAUACAUUAAAAUGACCUUGUCGCAAUGCAGCGCAAAGGAUGCAGCAUUAGGUCACGUCCACAUCAAUCCGUUUAAGGUUUUAAUUUCAUAAGAAAUUAAAGUACGCGAUUAUGGAGAGCGUUUUCAAAAUGCUCCAUUUUCGGUGGAGAAAAACACCAUCCUAGUGUAAAUGAGAGGUGUAAACAUAACGAAAUGAAUGCGUUUUCAAAUGAAAAUGUGUUGGUGUGGACGUGUCCUUAGAAUUUGGCCAAAACUAGGUAUCUUAGAAGGCUACGUAAUGUUGCUGUCUAACUUUUGGAUCCGUCUUCACGUAGGGAGCGCACCUGUGAUGCCUUAAAAAGCUGGGCAGCUCACUAGGUUUUAGAACAGAGCCAUGAUGUGCACAUACAGAAGCUAAGCAGUCUUAGCAAUUACAUUGUGUAUUUCUGCAUUUGUUUGUGUGUGUCUGCAGUAUUAGUGUACUAGCGGCUGCGCCAGGUAUAGUAUACAUGAGUAUAUGAGGUCUCCCUAUUGCAUACAAGCGAGGUGCUGUCUCAUUUUGCGAAGAUCUGGCCUUAACAUUCCAAGGAGUCGCAGUCGACCCUUUGAGUAGCAUCUAUAGGGAGCCGUUUCUGUGCCUGUGCGCUCAGUCCUCACUUAUCAAACAAAUCAUCAUGUAAAUGCAUGGCAAGGGACAGCCUCUGUUCUUUUUUUUUUGACUGAUUUCACCUGAAGCGAUUCAAAACUUCGCUUUCACUUCUCAAAAGAAAUUUAAUUUUGUUGAAGUUUACAGUCUUAAAGCAAAACUAUUCAGGUCUAUAUAUCUUAAGGAUUGUCAUGACUUUUUGAAAAAAAAAAAAAAAGAAGUUACUUAUUUUUGGUAAUUUGUUCUUUUAUACGGAACAGGAAAAAAAAUUACAUUUGAAACCUCAUCGGUUUUUGUACCACUAUAAUCAUUCAAGAAAUCAUGGUGUGAAAAAAAUCAUAUUUACUGUGUAUUUUCCUAAUUUUCUUAUUAUGUGCCUUAUUAUGUGUUCAUAAUCAAAUAGGUUUUAGAAAUGUUACUUCAAAUAUCUUAUAUACUAUUUUGUGGGAUUGGUGAGAGGGUUUAUUUGAUUUUUAUUUGAUUACAUUUUUGUUGUGUAGCUCUUCUAGAUGUGUAUUUUUAUGGGGACUCAGUACCAUGUGGUCGUAAUAUGAUAUAAGAUGUAAGUUAUGAUGUAUGGUGCUGUGAAUGCUCUUAUUAGAAAAAUGAACGGUGAACUCCACAAUGUUCAGAGCAUGCUGUGGGUCUCUCCUCUCCCUUGUUGUUGUGUUUGUGUGUUGUUUGUGUGUGUGUGUGUGUGUGUGUGUGUGUGUGUGUGUACAGUAUGUGUGCUUGAGCUGCGUACCAUUGUUACAUAUGGUGUUUCUAGGCUGAAAAAGUUGUUCCUCCAACUCUGGCAUAUAUUUCUAGUGAUCAAAGAUUAUGGAGGUUUGAUGUAGACAAUUUUUUUAUGAUAGAAUAGUGUGAAUUUAUGAAAACGCUGUCAUGAGCACAUCGGUGAAGUUUUUGUUUAUAUUAUGUAUUAUAUCACCUAUAACUUCCCCUUUAAUGCUUCAGCUUUUAAAUCCGUUGUAAGACAACUUCGAUAAUCUUAUUUCUGUUUUUUUAUUAACUUAAGUGAACACUCCCAGUAAGUGCUGCCUGAAUUCUACAUAACAGCUAUCCAAUCCCUUUGAAUUGAAUGUGUUAUCCUCAAAUGUGCUGGACUACUUGAAACUAAGAAAUCUUAAGUAGUUAGUUAUUGCUUGUUUUCUUUAUGCUUGCCAGAAAUGUGCAUGUGUUAUUAGUGUGUACACUGUCCCGACAGAUUUUUUGGGAUCUUAAGCCAUACACAUAUAGGACUAUGGAGCUAGAACAAUGACAAAAUUUGAAUCUGAAAUUUGUUGAUUUGAAUUCUAUACAUGUGACAUUAAGAAAAAAAAAUUGUGGCACAUUUUAUAAAUUCGUUUUUUUAAACAGCAGGUUUUUCUUUUAAAUAGUAUUACAGGUUAAAAUGUUCAGAUUAAGAAGAAAUUCAGAACUCAAAAUACAAAUGUCUCACAUUCACUUCUCAGAAAUUCAGAUCAUAAACAAACUAGGCCAAGCAAGGCUUAAGACGGGCCUAAAUUUGUUCUUAAUCUGAAAAUUUGAACGUGCUGACAGAUUGAAUUAUCUGACUUUUUACAAUGAACAAUGAAACAUUACACUGUCAAAUACACGUGCCACUUUCCAAACUAAAAGCUCCAGGUGAAAUAAAUAUGACAAAUAGAUUACUAUAGUAUAAAACAAAUCUAAUCCUUAAAAUAAUCAUACAAAUUAUUCAGUGUUAUAUUAUAAUUAUACUUUUUACUGGGUCCCACAAUCAUAUUUUAGUAUUGUAUCAAAUUCAACUUUCAAAAGUGAGUUACUAGUAGUAAUUGCACAUCCUGUUCAUAAAAAAAACUUAGAGUAAAAAUAUAUGAAGGCAAAAAAAUAUAUUUUUUAUUAGGCUACUAUGUGCAUAUGGGUGCAUUUAAAUGAAAAUGAUUAUGUAUUUUAUAUUUAUAUAGUGAAAACAAGUUUUUUUAAAUAAGAAAUUAAACAUUUUGAAUAUAUCAUCAAUUGGCUAAAAACAAAAUCACGAUAUAAUUUUUGUUGCUAUGCCGCUCAGCCUUUUAUGCUACAAAAAUGUCUGGAUUCAAAUGAACACAUUUUGUAUUCAUUUUAGUCAUUGUUUUAGUUCCAUAGCAGGACCAGCUAUUUAGCAUAUUGACACAAAACAAAGUCUACAUAUUUUAAUACAUAUUUUUGCGUAAUAUAAUGUAAAUUGGCCCCAUAAAGCACAAUAUGUGCAGAAGAGUCCAUGGAGACCCAGAAGCCCACAGCAUCCACUCUGAGUGUUCAGGUCUGCCUUCCAUUUACGUAAUGAGUGAUGCUGUUGUCUGAGACUUGCACCUGUGUGUGUUUGGAGUUGAAUCUUAUUUACUGUAUCUUAUAUUCGAUUCAUUAGGGGUUUUGUUCUUGCUUUGUUGUGAUACCCGUUUUUUUCUUCCCUUAUUUGGGUUGUUAUUCUUUUAUUAAGAGUGUGGAAACUGGUUCUUUCACUUUGCCUCUUCUCAACAGCUGUUUUGAGUCUGUAGUAUACAAGUAUCCACGGAUUUAUGCGAAUGGGAGCGCGAAAAGGAGAAAUGUUCUCCGAUUACUAAAAGUCAGAUCCAUUGGAAGCAUUCGGAAGUUUACACGUAUAGAGCCGUGUAGCGGAACAUGGGUUAGAGUGGGCCAAAAUUUGCGUCCAGCUGAAAUGCUUUUUAUAUAUAAACAGGAGAAAAGCCAGACUCCAUUAUUGUGUCACAGAAGUCACAAGACACCUCAUAACCUUCAUUUUCCGAAAUAUUUUCCAACCAUGUCUUGACUCAGGCAACAACGUUUCGCUGUGUUGUAAGACACAUUUUAUUGUCGAUAUCCGCGGUCACUCAAACGGUUACUCACGCGUACGGUUUUUCCAGGUUUUUUACUGAAAAAGUCACAAAUAAUGCAGGACCAAAGUUUAUGUGCCUUUCAUCUAGCUUAUUUGUAACUUAUUUCCUGGCUGUAUAUCAGAAACCAACAAAAUUCUUGUAUUUUAAACUCUUGAUCAUUGUUACAAGCCUGUUUUUCGCUGAGAAAUACGUGUCCCACCGUCUGUUCUUGGUUUGUUUCCCUCAAAACUUAAACGGUCAAGCCAUAUGCUUUCCCCACAAACGAGGCUCAUUUGCAAACUGAAUGUGUUACCAGGUCCUUAUUGAUUCAUUUGAACAGCCUUACUUGCAUUAACAGCUUCUGAUAGUUGCGAAGAUUCUCGCUAAUUGUAGAUAUCACUUAUCUUGACAAAAAUGGGGGUAUUCACUGAAUGUUUUGCGACCGUUGCUAACGUUCUUUAUUUGCCAGCCUAUUCUCAUUACAAUUAUGUGACUGUGGCAACAUUUUUGCAAAAUGAUAUUAUUACGUGGGUCGUUGCACGUAUCGCAGCAGUUUUGAAGUGAAAUGUCCACUGGGUGGCGCUAAAAGAGAGCUAAAUGUUUUCCCAAACAGAUGAGGUUUUUAAGGUUAAUGCUCUAUUUAGUUUUAACUCAACAAAUCGAUGUCCAUACCCUAAACCUUAAACAUAACCAAUAGUGUCAGAAAAAGCAAAUGUGAGAUAAUAAAUAAAUAAAAACACAAUUGCUGAAGCAACAACAUAAUUUUGUGGUUAUUAUGACACUUUUCGCUCACGUGUCGACUCCCUUGCUCUUCAGGACUUGCACCCCGGUCCUUUGUCUCGCAUUCGCAAGUGCAGCGCUCUUUCAGUUGAGCUACCGCAAAAUUUGAUCGCACAGGAACAAGCUUGUACAUGAGUUGGUUAGGUUAAACAAACGUUUAAAUGUAUCGCCUUAUAAAUCGUGCGCUUUAAUAUAAAUGUUUAGGUGUAAGAUAGAUAGAUAAGAUAGAACUGCGUGAAGAAAAAUGCCGAAAAGUAAGUAUUUAUCAACUGAUAAUCUGCCUUAUUCUCGUGAUUCAUGUGAAAGGAAAUUAAAGUCAUUGUUUACCGCCUCUAGUGUUUACUUCACCAAGAAACUGACGUGAUGCAUACAAGCCAUGUAAAAAUCAUUUUGCAAAAAUGUAAGUAAUGUGAUUUUAUGAGACCCAGUUGUUAUUUGCAUGCACAGUCUGCAUUGUUUUAGCACCCUAAAGUUUUUGCAGAAUUAAUUAUGCAAAUCAUGUAACGGCACACACACAGGCAAAAAAAAGUGCGGCAUGCAAUUUUCGAAGGACGAUCCCACAGUUUACACCAGAAAAGUAAACAAACGUCUAUUUUAAACUCAAUUUUGUGUACCGUUUGCUUUGCAUAAAAGGGAGAGGCUGGGCUAAAUUUGCAUUUGAGGUGUGGCUCAAGCACAGCACACAUACAGAAGUGCCCGAGUUUACCUCAGGACGCUCAGACAUGCAUUAAAAUUCCUAAUUUAUAAGUUUUAUGAAUGUUUCACUACCAAUAGGAAACAAUAAAUAUGUGUUCCCGUCUCUCUUUUAUUUCCACCUGGCCAAAAAUGGUUUCGGGGAACAAGACACAAACACACCAAUAUGAACUGGUUUUUAUAUUUAUGGAAAUUAACAGGAAAAAAGCAGGAUUGUCUUCUCUAUUUUGUAUCAUACCAGUACCAGCUUUCAUUUGUAAAGCAGUUUAUGUGACGUGUUGGAACUGAGGAGAGAGAUGUGUGUAUCCAGUUUAUGAGAUUGAUGUAAUAAAUGCAAAUAGAAGAUGAACUAUUAAAGAAACAUAUUUUCUAA